GCUACUUGUUUUGCAACACUUGUUAAAGCAGCUGGAGAUGAAGAUGUUUUUGAAUUACGACCUGAAAUUCAUCAUAUUUUUAGAGAAACAGAAAAGAUGCCAUCUGCAGUAUUUUCAACAUUGUUUGCCUUUAUUACAUUAACACCUUGGUUGUUCCUUAUUACAGGCUGGCUUCAAAUUGGUUAUACUCCAGGAAAGGUGAUGCUUGAUUUGUUUUCGGGUUCUACAGUUCGUACAGUAUCUAUCAUUGCCUUUUUAGCUUCAUUAGUCUCUGUUGAAUAUCUUUUUUAUCUUUAUUGGACAAAACUUAACCUUUUCCAAACUUUAACUUUCCUUUCUGGACUCAUCAUUCUCGUCUUCUUUACAGGUCAACGCGCCCUGAAUUCAAUUCAAGCAAGAAGACUUGGUCAAACAAAAUAAUAAUAAGAAUAGUUCUUGUACAAUAAAAGCAAAAGCAAAAAAAAAAAAAAAAAAAAAAAAAA